GCCACGAUCCAUCCUAGGAAACUUCAAAUUUGGGGUUUUCUCUUCUUCUUCUUCUUCUUCUUCUUCGUCUAGAUCGGAGGGAAAUGAGUCUUACCAGCCGCCAUUGACGACUACGACGACCAUUCUUCCUCUUCUUCAUCUUCUAGCUUCGUUUUGCUUUUUCUCUAUUUCAUUCUCUCCUAUCCACUAUUUUCUUCCUCUAUACGUCGAUCUCCCUUUUUCUCAGAGAUGUCUGCUAAUACGCCAUCGUCUAGCUCCGCUGCUGCCGGAUCGGUAGAUUCUUCCGCCGCCCGGAGAAAUUCGAAACGACCCAAGUAUUCAAAAUUUACACAGCAGGAGCUUCCAGCUUGCAAGCCAAUUCUUACGCCUGGUUGGGUGAUUUCGACAUUUUUGAUCAUUAGUGUCAUCUUCAUUCCCCUCGGUGUUAUUUCUCUUUUUGCUUCUCAAGAUGUUGUUGAGAUCGUUGAUCGGUAUGAUAAUGAUUGCAUACCUGUGCCUGCUAGGGCUAACAAGGUUGCAUUCAUUCAAGGAGCUGGAAAUAAAUCUUGUAGCCGGAAUAUAACUGUGCCUAAGCUAAUGAAGCAGCCUAUCUACGUAUAUUACCAGCUUGAGAACUUCUAUCAGAAUCACCGCAGGUAUGUGAAAAGCCGAAGUGAUGCGCAAUUGAGAAGUGUGAAAGAUGAGAAUCAAAUAGACGCAUGCAAGCCUGAGGAUGAUGUUAAUGGGAAGCCGAUUGUACCUUGUGGUCUAAUUGCCUGGAGUCUAUUUAAUGACACAUACACUCUCUCAAGAAAGAGCCAGCCUUUAGCGAUUAACAAGAAAGGAAUCGCAUGGAAGAGUGACAAAGAACAUAAGUUUGGGAAAGGGGUCUUUCCAAAGAACUUUCAGGAGGGCAAUAUCACCGGUGGUGCCAGACUAAAUCCAAAUAUAUCAUUGAGUGAGCAAGAGGAUCUGAUUGUGUGGAUGAGGACUGCAGCUUUGCCAACAUUUAGAAAAUUAUAUGGGAAGAUAGAGACUGACUUGCAGAAGGGUGAUACCAUAGAAGUGACUCUGCAGAACAACUACAACACAUACAGUUUCAGUGGGAAGAAGAAGCUUGUCCUGUCAACAACAAGUUGGCUUGGUGGAAAGAAUGACUUCCUCGGGAUUGCUUACCUUACAGUUGGGGGAAUUUGUUUCGUCCUGGCACUUGCAUUUACCGUCAUGUAUCUUGUGAAACCCAGGCGACUUGGUGAUCCUACCUACUUGUCGUGGAACAGAAUUCCUGGAGGUCGGUAAGCAAAGACUCUGCACAUCUGCGUAUGUAAAUCUACUUAUCCGUCAUUGUAAUCUGAUUCAAAACUGCAAGUGAUGAUUUUCUUAUUAUAGAUGUUAAAUGUAUGUAAGAUGUUACAGUUAAAAGAUACCCAUUACAUAGAAUGAUUGAUGCUUCCUA